AGGCAUAAGAGCUAUCUAGCAAUUGAUUCAUUUUAUGAUCUACGUAGCCCUUAAAAUGUAUUUGUAAAAUAAACCCAUCUUCACAACAUCAAUUUUCGAUGUCCUGGUCAUAUGUUGAGCGAUAUACGUGCUGCCCGAGUCGCCCUGAGGAAGCGUCGAUAUCAAUGAUAUAUCAGUGAGAUUAUAUACACCAACAGCAGUUGAGAAUCGCCUCGCCAUCUUAACCGAAUAUUAGAAAUUGAGUUUGGGAGCGCUUUCGUUGGAUCUGUAAUUUGUUCACAGAUACUAAGGCAUCUCGUAAUUGAGCCGUAUCAAACAAGAGAAUUGUCAUCAUUCAUUGAGUCUCAGUCGUUGGUUCAUCUUAUAUGCCGGUUUCACUUGCCCUUCCUGGGCUCACAGUCCCUAUCAAACAUCCAUCGCCUAUAACUUAUAAAGGCCCAAUUCAUCUAGAGUCUCAUGACUAGCUGAGGCGCUGAGGAUAUGAGCAGACUAACAAUUGAAGAGGACAAAGAACCGCGACCGAAGCGUCGUCGAACAGAUUCUGGAUACGAUGACCUCUCUCAAAGCUCCCAGGUUGGCAAUACCUCUCUUAAGCAUCAGGACAGCGGUCUAGGCUCAGGCACAAGAGCCUGCUCGCCAAUCUAUCUUUCCGAUGAACCUGAGGUCACAAUCACAGACGAAUCCAAGCCCUCAACACAAGAGCCGACCAUCACCAUCUAUCUAGGCUCUGCGCGCCAACAGGUCGCCCAAUCGAGGUACCUGUCGCAUAUAUGGAAGUCGGGUCUGGAUUCACCCUGUGCUGUGUGCCACCAAGACUUCGCUGAUAGAGAAGAACCGCCAAUUCGGACAAUCACCUUCGAGACGUCGGAGGAACUCGGUGAGGAUACGAGCGAUAUCACGCAGUUACCCCUAGCUCCCCACCCGAUCCGAGUUUUCAAUCGGCAUUUCAAGUGCUUGAAAGCGAAAAGGAUCAAGUACAUCCCCAUCUCCCACGUCUGGCACGAGGGAGUAUCGCAAGCCCAGGUAGCUAGGGAACCAACGCCCAAUGCAACAAGACUCGGUUACCAAGUUCCUAUAAGAUCACUCCUCGCGCUCACCAAGCGCUACGGCCGUGUAGAAGUCUGGCACGACUACAUAAGCGUACCGCAGUGGCAAACUACCACACAGCAGCAGCUCCUGUUACAACUUCCGAGUAUUUAUUCUUAUCCUGAUCACAUGGUUAUGCAUCUCCAUGAUGUCUCGCUAUCGCACCUUAGUAAUGUGCUGGAGCCGUCGGGCUACAGUAGUUUCCUAGAGAGCAUUGCAGAGUUGACGAAUUCGACCUAUUUCGAACGCAUGUGGGUCGUGCUCGAGUAUAUACAGAGCAAAAAGGCCAUGAUUCUAUCCCGAUACUACGACAUAUUCGACGAGCCCGCUGCAGAGUUAUGUGAUAUUGCAGGGGCGAACCUAGGGAAAUACAUCAGCAGACUCGGGCAGAACCGAUUCAACGAACUCGCCCAGGCAAAAGGAUUCCGAUGGUCGAGGCGAGCCUGCUGGGACGAUCAACAGACGUGGAAGCAGCAGGACCCCAGAUUUCGCACGCUCGGCGCAGCCAUGUUCAUCAUCGGCCAGAAGACAUGCCGCGACCAUCGCGAUUACUUCUUCAGUCUUAGAUUCCUACUCAAUCUGCACCAGGACGAAGUCAAGAUCAGUACUAUCCUCUCAGACGAUACAUUCGAGUCGUAUCGAGCGUUAUGUUGGGAUGCUCUCAAGAGCGGGGACUAUUCACCACUGCUGUUCCUCCCCCUCGACGCCGAGGAAACGGACUCAAGAGCCCCGUGGCUCCGCGGACACUCAAGAAUAUCACACCACGUAUGGGACUACGGCAUAUGUCGCCAACUACCCAAGUACCCGACCAUCAUCCGCGGGGAUAAGAUCGAGCCCAAACUAGAAUCCAUCGGCGCAAUGCAAAGCUUCGAACACUACGAUUUCUUCGGCAGUGCGGAAUCCGUCUUCUACAAAAUCGCCAGGAAGAUCGUAGACGUGAGCGGGCCAUGCGCGAAGACUUUCCACGACACCAUAUCCCGCAUUUUCCCCACGGCCGCCGCAAAGGGCGUCUUUUCAACCCCGUCGACAACAAUCGGCGUGGAUAAUGAAAAACUUCAACCCGUAGACCUGGAGCCUAUCCGCAAACUCGUCGAGCGCCUCAGUUAUCUCUCAUUCAGGGGCGAAACCCGGUCUGAAAUGCUGGCGGUCUCCAAUAAACUGCUCUCGCUGCUCGGUCUCGGGCUUCCGGAGAAGCAGUCGUCGCUAUCCAGGAUCAAAGCCGCGUCCGAAGAGGCGCAGUGGUACAAGACGAAGCUCGAAGGCCUAGCAGCCGUAAAAUGCAAAGGGUGCUCGCGGGACUUUCUCUUCAGGGCUACGGUCUGGGACCCUCCGUCUGCUACCGCCGCGGCAGAGAUGUAUCGGAUCCCUGGAUUAUUGUACGACGAUACGGUUGCUGAAGGCGUGGGGUUGGUGGUUUGUGGAGGGCUGAUCGUGGGUAAGAUGGCGUAUGGUACGCCCGCUUGUGAUUGUAGGAUUAGCGAGUUUGUUGAGUUCAAGGCGCAGCGUCAGUGAGGACUCGGUCGCGCAUUCCAUAUAUUUCAAACUUGCUCAUUCUGGAUAUAGCAAGGCUUAACUAGUUUUGAUAAGUUUAUAAGGAAUGGUCAAUCAUUGUACAAACCUGUAUUAAUAGCACCAUAAGCAACGUACAUACCUGCUGAUGAUAUAUACCCA